AUGGGGACUUUGUGUGUCAGUAAUGGGGUGAGCAACAGCCUAGUCAUAGGCUUGGCUGGCUUGAGGGUGUGUCGAAUGGGAUUAGAAAAAAGGGAAAAGGGGGAUAUUGAAAAACUCUUUCGAAAGUUACCAGCAAUGGAGAAAAACACCACAUUUGCCAGACCUGUGGGGUUUCUGAUCGCAGGUUUUCAGAAUCUGCAGCUCAAUAACUAUUAUUUCAUAUUCCUGGCUUUUGUUUACCUGGGAGCUCUGGUAGCCAAUUUCAUUCUAAUGGCCAUUAUAUGGCUGUCAGAGUGUCUUCAUACACCAAAGUACAUAGCCGUUUUUAAUUUAUCUACCAUAGAUGUUAGUGUUAGCACAGCCCUUAUUCCACAAUGUAUAGAUUGUUUCCUUUUUGACUCAAGAUUUGUGUCAUAUGAGACAUGUUUAACUCAAAUGUUCUUUUUUCAUUAUUUCUAUGCUCUGGAAUCUCUUGCUCUUGUUGUUAUGGGUUAUGAAAGACUCGUCUCUAUUUGUUUUCCACUGAGAAGCAGCACAAUCAACACAAACACCAGGAUGUUUUUCAUAAUUGGUUUUUGCUGGGUGUUAGCUUCCAUAGUCCCCUUUAUAUCAGUAGUUUUUAUAACACGCUUGUCAUUCUGCCAAAACAUUCCUCUCAUUAAAAGUUAUUUCUGUGAUCAUGGACCAAUAUUCAAAGAGGCCUGCAACAGCUACAGUGCAAGUUUUACUAUAGGCAGUGUUUAUAUUGCUACCCUCAUUAUUUUGCCACUGAUUUUGAUUAUUUUAUCAUACGUGUGUAUUAUAGCUGCUCUUUCCAGGAUUGCAACUGCACAGGGGAGGUGGAAAGCAUUUAAAACGUGCACAGCUCACUUAGCUUUAGUGGCUAUAUUUUUUAUUCCUCUUUUGUCAGCAUACAUUAUUGUAUGGACACAUUUAUCAGUGGACACGGAUACCAGAAUCCUCAACACAUCUUUGUCAGCAAGCCUUCCUCCUCUGCUGAAUCCCAUCAUAUACACCUUAAAAACUGAGGAGGUCAUGGAGCAAAUUAAGAAGUUCAUAAGACAAAGGUAG